AUGCUCCAAGCCGACCGGUGGCUGGCUUUGGUGGAUGCGGAAUUGACCACAAGAAAUAUAGGCGAUCAACUUAAGACUCCCGGAGACAAUCGUGACCAUACACGUAGUGUAACGGUUGACGCAUCAUAUUUAUCUACCACAAUAAUACCCCAAAACGCCUCUCUCAUUUGCACGCAGAUGCUCCCGGUGCUGGCAGCGGCGACAGCCCUUCUCCUAGUGGCAGUGGCACACGCCCGAGUCGACCGCCCCGCGCAAUACAGCUAUGGCUACGUCGUGCAAGAUCACUACACGGGCGACUCCAAGGCGCAUCACGAGUCGCGCCAGGGCAGCGUGGUGCGCGGCAGCUACUCGCUGGUGGACCCUGACGGCACCCGCCGGACCGUGCAGUACAUCGCCGACCCUCUCGCCGGCUUCAACGCCGUCGUCCGGCAAGAGCCUGCACACGCGCCUGCCAUCUUCGUCCUGGCCCUGGCGGCCAUCGCCCGCGCGGGCAUCAUCGGCGCCCCCGCUGCCGUGGGCUACGCCGGCCCCGCCGCUGUCGGCUACGCGGCGCCCGCGGCCUACGCCGCCCCCGCAGCCUACGCCGCCCCCGCGGCCUACGCCGCCCCUGCCUACGCCUCGUACGCCGCGCCCGCCGUCGCGAAGGUGGCCGCCCCUGUGGCCUACGCCGCUCCCGCCCCCGUGGCCUACGCCGCCCCCGCCUACGCUAAGGUGGCUGCCCCCGUCGCGUAUGCCGCCCCCGCCGUAGCCAAGUACGCCGUCCCUGCCCCCGUCUACCCCUCGGCGCCCGCCAAGUACAGCUUCAGCUACGGUGUGACCGACGCUCUGACCGGUGACGCCAAGGGCCAGCACGAGACCCGCGACGGCGACGUCGUCCAGGGCAGCUACUCGCUCAUCGAGCCCGACGGCACCCGCCGCACCGUCGACUACACCGCCGACCCCGUCAACGGCUUCAACGCCGUCGUGCACCGCGAGCCCGCCGUGACCAAGGCCGUCGUCGCCGCCCCUGCCGUCGCCAAGGUGGCUGCUCCCGUCGCGUACGCCGCCCCCGCCGUGGCCAAGGUUGCUGCCCCCGCAUACGCGUACGCUGCGCCCGCCCCCGUGGCGUACGCCGCUCCCGCCGUGGCUAAGGUGGCGGCCCCCGCCUCACUACGCGUAGCCGACGCCCACACCGGCGACAGAGGAGGCAGCACGAGACCCGCAACGGUGAUGUUGUCGAGGGCGCCUACUCCCUGUGGAGCCCGACGCCACCCGACCCGCACCGUCCAGUACACCGCCGACCCCCACAACGGCUUCAACGCCGUCGUGCACCGCGAGCCCGCCGUCUCUAAGGCCAUCGUCGCUGCCCCCGCCAUCGCCAAGGUGGCUGCCCCCGUGGCUUACGCCGCCCCCGCCUACGCCAAGGUCGCCGCUCCUGUGGCGUACGCCGCCCCCGCGUACGCUCACGGAUACGCUGCUCCCGCGUACGCUCACGUAAUAGAAAACAAAAUAACGAAAGAGAGAAAAACAGGUUUAAAGAAAUAUACACUUUUUAGAAUUGCCUAUGAACUGUCCCCAAAAUCACAACGUUGUUUACAUAUAAUUCAGAAAUAUAUUAAAAUAUUUAGUUUUCCUGUUCAAAAUAUUAAAAUUAUACAAAACAAGGCAAUAAAUCCUCGAAUUCUAAGAACGUCACUGAAUGAUGUGGAGAAUCCUGUUAAUUUGAAGAAGAAAACAAAAACACGACGAAGACAAGCCCAGUGCAGCGACGAGCAGGGACGCUGGCGAGGAGAACGCCGGUCCCGUGUCUGU